AUGUCUGAGCACAAGUACAGAUUCAACGUGACCAUGACCUGCAGCGGUUGCUCAGGCGCUGUGGAACGUGUAUUGAAGAAGCUUGAUGGUGUCAAGUCAUACGACGUUUCGCUCGACACACAGACAGCCGACGUUACGACCGAUGAGAGCCUAUCCUACGAACAAGUACUAGAGAAGAUCAAGAAGACAGGGAAGACAGUCAAUAGUGGUGAGGCCGAUGGUUCGCCCAUGUCUGUAUAG